AUGUUGGAGAUGCCCGCUCACGACCCGUAUGAGGUCCUUGGGAUACCAAAGACAGCUCAGACGGCCCAGAUCCGGACAGCAUACAAGAAACUCGCCCUCAAGUUCCAUCCUGACAAGAUCCAAGAUGAGUCUCUCCGGGAACAAGGCACGGUCGAGUUCCAGAAGAUACAGGAGGCAUACGAGUUCAUCUCAGACGACAGCAAACGCAUACAGUACGACCAGCGGAUACGGGCUGCCGCUGUUGCAAAGGAAAGGAUGGCGUCAAGAGGGACGUCAGGAUCGUCAGGUCGACGGUCAGGAAACUGCGUGUUUGAAGACAUAACCCCCAAGGAAUAUGCUACAGGCCCAACAUACGAAUCGAGACCUCCCCCACCAUCGUCAAAAUCUCACAGAGCGCCCCGGGACCCUUCUCCAGUCUCGGCAGAUCGAAACCAGAGACCGUCUCGCUACUCUGACGACGACUCUGCAUACGAAGAACGCCGCGCGAGCUCAAGAAAACACGCCAACUACGAGAGAAGACGCCAUCACUCCAGAGAACCCUACGAGAAGAAGAGCAGCAGCAGCAGCAGCAGCAAAGACUACGUCAGACGCGAACGCGAAUCGACUCGCCACACCAAGGAACGGGCCAGAGAAACCCGCGAAUCGACUCGGAGCAGUCGUGCCAGCAACGCCAAAGUCCGUGAUAGAGAACGUCGUCGGGAUACUUCUGAAAAGCUUAGGGGUACUACAUAUGCUGCUACUGUCGAAGACCUUACAGACUACUCGUCUGACUCUAACUCGGAUUCUGAUGGCUUCAGCGAUCGUGAUCGUGAAUAUGCCCCCAAGAUAAGAGAACACAGAAGGCCAAGGCCAAAGCUCAGACACCGAGAAGCAAACUACUCAUCUAGCUGGGAAACUUCCAAGAUGACGGCUGACAUCGAAGGUGCUUGUGAGUACAUGAGAUCAAAGGGUGGGAUGCAGAAACGAUCGAUUACUCCAGAGAGCAAACCGAGUGUCGUAUACGUUAGUCCAGGAGGGAUGCAUCGAGAAAAGGACAGCGCUCGCCGCUCAUCCGCCCGACCUCGCAUGCCAGAACGAGAAAGGGAGCGAGAACGAGUCGACCUGGUUGAUAACUCUUCCUCUUCCUCGUCUUCUCGCUUCCACUCCUCGUACAACGUUCCAACGCGAGGCUCAAGCUCUUCAAAGCCGUCUUCUUCAUCUCGCCCAAUCCCCACCCUCCGUCGUGCAGGAACAGUUCCUGUCGCCUCUUUCGAUACCAGCCAUGUUGAGCCCAUUGUUCCUCGAUCCGUCAAGAAGAAGGGUACCUUGUUCGACUCUGGGUACAGCAGUCCAGCAAGUAGCCCGCCUAUCGUUUCUUCUGGCGACUUUCUACGUCCUAGCUCUCGCCAGCCAAAGAUCAUCACCCCGACUGGUCCCACCAUCAACACUAGUAGCAGCCACCGUCGUGCACAAAGCACGUCCCCGCUACAUCGCGACCCAGUCACCAUUCAACCAAAUACAAACACAAGAGGCAUACCGUCUGAUAUGUUCCAAGAACUAAAACCGAGCCACUACCAAGUCUUCCCACCGGGUCAAGUGCGGUAUUCGCCUCGCAUUGGAACAGACGACAUUGCAUUUGGCGGGUCAGCAAAGAGACCUUCCGUUUUCAGGAAGGCUUCUGUCGUUUCUUGA